GGUGGGGGGCCGGAAGGGGGGUUACCUCACACACCAACACCAACACCCCCCUGUCGUUCCCGUAAUCGAGCGUCGAGCUUCACGAUCCGCACCGCUGCAAGUAUGCACGUUUCGUGUGGGACAGGAUUCUCGGUAAACACUGCAAAGGUGGCACGGCCACGGAGCAUCGGCCCCUGCACACCCCCCGCAAGUUGUUAGCGCGCGUGCGUGCGUGUGUGUGUGUGUGUGUGUGUGUGUGUGUGUAUGGAGCUGGAGGCGGGCUGUCUUGUUUAUCAAAAAUGACUCGACAUGGCUGUGGCUUUGAAUCAACAUACGCGGCUUUGCGAGCGACCCCUGGAAACCACAAGCAGUUGAGAGAGUGAGGCGCAAAUCAUCUUAAUGAAAGUCAUCAGAGGGGUUGGAUGGCCAUGGACCCAUUCAGCCAGCUUAUCCUCACCAUCUCGGUGACCAGCUUCCUCACCUUCCAGUGGCUCUUCCACAAAGUCAGCCCCUGGAUGUCCAUGCGCAUCAGUCCCGGCUUCCUUGGCCUCAGUGACAAACAGAAGGUGGAAUGGAACUCAAGGACAGUGUCAACAUUUCAUGCACUGUUGGUGGGAAUCUUCUGUCUUUACAUCCUACUCUUUGAUGAUGCUGUCAACGAAGAUCCAGUCUGGGGAGAUCCUACACUGGUGAAGACUAAUGUUGCCAUCACAACAGGCUACCUCAUAUCUGAUCUGCUGCUAAUAUUUUACUAUUGGAAGGCGAUAGGUGACAAGUUUUUUGUAGUUCACCAUCUGGCAGCGUUGUAUGCUUACUACUAUGUACUGGGCCAAGGAAUGUUGCCUUAUUUUGCUAACUUCCGUCUGCUCGCUGAGUUUUCUACACCAUGUGUGAACCAGCGCUGGUUCUUUGAGGUUCUAGGUUAUCCCAAGUCCUCGCGGCCCAACAUGGCAAAUGGCGUUGCCAUGGCAGUAGUCUUUUUCAUGGUCCGCAUUGCCGUCAUGCCGCUCUACUAUGGUCGUAUGUAUGCAGUCUAUGGCACUGAGGCCUUCUACCUCGUGCCGUGGGGCGGCCGCGUAGCUUGGAUCUGCUCCAGUAUCUGUUUGGACAUCAUGAACAUUAUGUGGAUGCAUAAGAUCGCCCGCGGCUGCUACAAGGUGUUGCGCUCGGCUCACCGGAGCAAAGCCAGCACACCUCAGGAGAAUGGGAAAACGGAUUAAGGGAAUCAGGGUGUCAGCGAUGAGGAAGCGACACAGUAGAGACAAAAUGACGUCACUCUCAGUGCAGCAGUGAGCAGUGGUGUGGACCCUUGUAUGUCAAGCUGCUCCAGUAGUAGCACACCUGGGACUUGUGACAUUUCAGGGCCGAAUGUAGGAAGAUGAGGAAAAUUUUUCAGAAGCGGGCACAGUCACUGAGAUGUACUGAUGGACCAUUUAACUGGCCAUCCCUAAGCCAUGAAAUGACGUCUUAGCAAUACUCUGUGUGCAUGGUCAAUUAUUUUUUUCUCUUGAACAAUUUACCACAAAAGAGGUCGUCCUGGGACAGCGGACUGUUAGCCCAGUCACAAAUUGUCAAAAAGUUUACCAUUCUUUACACACUUAUUGCUCAACAAAAGACUUAGAUAUGAAGCAAAGAUUUGAGGGAACCACAAAAACAUUUAGUGAUUCCACAAUAACGGUCAGUGCCAUAAAAUCAUUGUGAGGGAAAACAGUCAAGCAUCUUUUUUUUUUCCCUCAUUCUUGAAAUAAAUUUACAGGGACUUGAUUCAGAUGCAGUCGGGUCACAGAAACUCUUAAGAGUAAGUAUGAAUAAAUCAGUUGAUCACUUCAUCCGCUGUCUGCCAAUUAGAAGCUUCGUUUAAAAAGCCAGCCUUUAAGAAAUUUAUUGGAAUAUCAUUAUUCUUGGUUGCUAUUACAUUUGAAUGGUUCAUUUAAAUAAUGAAGGGUUAUCAGUACACUGUGUAAUGUGUAGUCUGUUUCUUUGGCCUUGCAGGGAUUGAGGCAAAUGUGUUUUUUUAAAAAGACAAAUAGCUAUAAAGGACAGUGGUGUACAGGGUACAUCAAUACAGGCGUGCUAAAAAGGGAAACUGAAUGUCAAUUCUGUGUUUUUACUCUGACAUUAAGAGUGAUUUUUCUAGAGAAAGAAAUACCAAGGCCACAGUUAAUAUCGGAUUUGUAAAUCCACAUCAUUUAACGUGUGUACAACUUUUCACAGAAUGCAAACAAAAGAAUUUCACAUCACAUAAACAAAAAUAUGUAGUUGACACUAUUUCGUGGGAGUCUGCGUUAUAUUUAUUUCACAUUGUGCUUUGCAUGUAAAGUGGUGAAAUUGACCUGGAGUUCUCAUUGGGAAUUAGUGUCAUAGACAAACCUGAAAACAAUUAAAUACAAGAGAGUGACUUCUUUGAUAUAUUCCAUUUAUACUGAGAGGAUUGAUGGGAGAUGUUAGCGGGAUUCUGACACUCACACUUUUUCCAUGAUCAAGUGUUCUGCAGUUUAUGUAAUAUUCACUUUUUCUAUUUAUGAUAUCUUUUAGGCACAAACUGUUAAUUUUAUCCCCUGGGCAACAUUUUGCCAACAAGCUGCAUGCUGCUAUGUAUGUUUUCCAUUAAGGAAAUGAUGAGUAUAACCCGGAAAAUUCUGUUCAGGAUCCAGUAAUUUGUUUCCUCAGAUUUUAGUUGUGUGUAGACAGUGUUUUGAACGGUAAAGGUUUAUGUUAAAAAAUAUUUUGUAAUUGUUUUGAGAGCAUUGUAAUAAUAAUAGCUUCUGCUUCAUGUUGUAUAUGAUUUACAUACAAGGAUGGUGUUUUGGCUUCAGUGGGUAUGAGCAUAUGGAAAAGUUGUGAAGAUCGUGAAGAUUGAUGUUAUUGUUUUCUUAACUGUCAUUCUACUGACCAUUACACGACACUGAACACAGAACAAUUCAGCUCAAAAGUAUUUAAGACAAAUGUAUCAUUUGUUCAAUUUAAAGCCGCAAUUCAUCAAUGAUUUAUGAGACGUACUUGAAUUUUCAUUGUAAAUGUAUCUUUUUAUGAGCUGUACAUCAAAAGCUGUCAAAUGUUUGUGAAACAGAAACAGGGAUCGCUAGUUUUUAAAGUACGCCUUGCUAUGUUCAGCAUUUGAUUUUGUUGCCUUUUUCAAAUGAUUUAUGAUUGCACAGUGAUUUUGUUAUGCCCAACUCCUCACAACACUGUGAUUUACUUGCGUGUUUUCCAUGUCUGACGCUCGUCUAAUGUGAUUGUUUUUGCCUUUGUAAUAGAUCAGUUUCAGGCUGGUUGUUUUAGUGCUUUUGCUUUUGUUACAGUUUUUAAAAUUCAAAGAAAAAAAUAAGAUGUAUGUAUAUGUGCCAGUGCUUGAGCCAUUAACUACUCCAUGGUGAAAACUUAUGGUGUUGUUAUAGGAUAAUGUCGGUUUCUUUUUCUUCCACGAGGAUUUUCAUACAACAAUGCCAACUUGCAACCAUGAUUCCAUGGUUCAGAUCAGUUCUGUUCACAGUGCAUGCUGUGCCUCGUUGCAGUAGUAAUGAUGAUGCUCAGUUUAGUUUGACCAUGGUAGACAUUCUCUCAGUUAUGCCAUUGAGCCAGUGUGUUUGGAAAAGAAUGGACUUGACAACUGAUUAUGGGUAUAUGUCAUCUACAUUGUAAGUGGAUAUCACUGUCACAUCUUAGAAAGUAGUCGGGAUGUGAUGUCUGUCAAUAAUUCACUGGAAUUAAUUGGAAAUCAUUCUAGGGUUUCAGGAUAGCAGCAGACUACCACUUCUGGUAGAAUCAGGGGUGACUCUGUAUGCAAGGUCAUGCAUGGUCAAUACAGUCUUCUUCAUGCACCCUCUAUAACUGCAUGUGCUAUUGCAUGGGGAUUGCACUGUAAGCAAAAUAGCAUAUACAUCUUCGAGACAAAUUUUGUUCCUUGUUUUCUCUUCCUUAGUACAUGUACAUAAUGUUUAAUUAAACGUUAUUCUUGUACUGUGCCACAUUAUGUAAUCCACAGAUGAUGAUAAUGAUGUGACGAGAACAUCAUGAAGCAGAUAUUUACUAUAAUAUCCAGCACAGAAGUAAUCAGUAAGGGAAUACUUGAAUACUAAUCAGCACAGUUUAUAACAACUUGGGCAGUGCAAAUAAACAUUAAUACUAUGAGCAUCUUGCGUCCUAUGCCUACCAUUGUCUUUAAUUUAUUAAGUAAACAUAAAGCAGAUGUCAUGGUAGCAGAGCGUGGUGCUGCUGUCAGCUAGGCUGGUGUUGGUGUUUCUGUUCUGAAUGUUGUACGGAGGAGAGACGUGAGGAGGUGGAGUGUUUAGUGACAUUCUAUGAAUGUGUUGGAGAUGGAGAAAAUAUGUCAUUUGCAUUUUCAUUUGUUCAUUACAAUAAAUACCAAAUUAACUGAUAUGAUGUAUCAGGCAUGAAAAAGGUUUUCUUGGCACAUUUGAGUACAUAAUUAAUGAGCCCUUAAUGUGUCAAUUUUAUUAUUCUGCCAAGAAAAUGAUCAAAGUCAUGACUGGGUGGGACAUGUUAACAUAAGAGCCUAAUUAAGUCUUAGACACUUUUAUUUCAAGACAUUGUCAUCUUGUUUUUGCUCACGUGAUACCAUUUGCUUUGAAGAAAGCAAUAUAUAGAAACAUUUCACUGUCAAUAAAUAUUUAGAGUGAA